GUCAGGUGCGCGCGUGGCUCCCGCUGCGCAGGAACAGCUGGCGCUUCGGAAGGCGGCCGGCAAGCGGACAGGCGUGGGGUGCUGGUGGCCGCCGCGCCAAGCUGCGGGAGCAGCCGCCGCCGCCUCACACCACUGCACCAUGUCCGGCCAGCUGGAGCGUUGCGAGCGCGAGUGGCACGAGCUGGAGGGAGAAUUUCAGGAACUGCAGGAAACUCACAGGAUCUACAGACAGAAGCUGGAGGAGCUGACCGCACUCCAGACUUUGUGCAGCAGCUCCAUCAACAAGCAGAAGACUCGACUGAAGGACCUGAAGCACACACUCCAGAGGUACAAGCGCCUUGCCAGUCGGGAGGAGGCAGAGCUUGUUCAGCAGUUGGGCGCCAACAUCAAGGAGCGGCAGAACGUCUUCUUUGACAUGGAGGCCUACCUGCCCAAGAAGAACGGGCUCUACUUAAAUCUGGUUCUCGGCAAUGUGAACGUGACCCUUCUCAGCAACCAGGCCAAAUUUGCCUACAAGGACGAGUAUGAGAAGUUCAAGCUCUACCUGACCAUCAUCCUGCUCCUGGGUGCUGUGGCAUGUCGAUUUGUCCUUCACUACAGGGUGACAGACGAAAUCUUUAACUUCCUGCUGGUCUGGUAUUACUGCACCCUGACGAUUCGGGAGAGUAUUCUCAUCAGCAACGGCUCAAGGAUCAAAGGCUGGUGGGUGUCUCACCACUACGUGUCCACGUUCCUGUCUGGAGUGAUGCUGACCUGGCCUAACGGACUCAUUUAUCAGAAGUUUCGCGAUCAGUUUUUAGCGUUCUCCAUUUUUCAGAGCUGUGUCCAGUUCCUGCAAUAUUAUUACCAGAGGGGCUGCCUCUACCGGCUGCGGGCUCUGGGGGAGAGGAAUCACCUGGACCUCACGGUGGAAGGAUUUCAGUCCUGGAUGUGGCGAGGCCUCACCUUCCUUCUACCCUUCCUGUUCUGUGGCCAUUUCUGGCAGCUCUACAAUGCCGUCACGUUAUUCGAGCUCUCCAGCCACGAGGAAUGCAGAGAAUGGCAGGUGUUUGUGUUGGCGCUCACGUUCCUCAUCCUCUUCCUCGGCAAUUUCCUGACCACACUCAAAGUCGUGCACACCAAACUCCAGAAGAACAGAAGCAAGGCCAAGAAGCCGUGAGCCACGGGCCGGCGCCCCUCAAGCCCCCGGACUUUGAGACUGCAACUGCAGGGGCUCCCAGGCGGCACUCUCGCUGCCAGGGUCCUCCCCACCAGUGCCAGGGCCCCUGGCAGCAGCGACCUCAGGGGCCUGCGGCAUCGCUGCGAGCAGGGCCGAGGCCCCGGUCCCCGGCCGGACACGAGGAAUGUGACCCCCGCCUGUCCGCGCAGCACCAGCCCGCCCCAGCCUCCCUAUUUAUGACAUAUUUAAUAUCAGCCCGCCCCCUUCCCCCGCUGCUCCCGGCGAGACUGGGUCAGUCUUCCUGGGGGGAGGGGGGAGGCUUAGCCUCAGGGACCCCCUCUGUCCCCCAUCCUGUCAUUUGAGCCCCACAGGUGGGGCUUCGGACGUGCCUGGCUGGGGGUGGGUUCCCGCUGACCUGCUACUUAGCGGGUCCCGGGCGGAGGGAGGGGAGCCUCCCUCCCCGGGGCGCCGCUUCUGCUGUAAGCUCCCGGCCUCCGCGCCUCCGCCGCGGGGGUAUUUAAGUUCUCAGAGAACCACUGUCCGUCUGUGCCUCGUGCUCUUCGUGCUUCCGGAGGCUCCUGCCCGCUGGCCGCCCGGCAGCCCUGCCUCCCCCAGGCGCGGGGCUUGCCUGAGGCGGGAGGCUUUUCGGAGGGUCACCACCAGAGGGCGCCCCUGCGUCGUUUGACUGGUUUGCGGGCGUAUUUUGUUUUCUCUGGAAGCUUGGGUCCACCUUCGGGUGGCUUGGUGACCCCCACCCCUCAGCCCACCUUCCUGAAUUCUUGCAGUGAGUACUCAGGGAGUGGGAUCAGGACCCUCAGCGCUGGUCGGGACCUAAGCCAGCGUGGAGGUCACCCAUGCUCAGGCUUCCUCCCUUCACCUCAGAGGUUCUGGAAUGUGGGGGGAGUCUGAGCAGCCUCCCUUCGAGGAGGCCACACUCUGGAGGCCAGAGCAGGUCUGCUGGCCACCUCACCUUAGGUUCUGUAUCUGUGCGGAGCGUGAAGAAGCCAACAGGUUUGGUUGCAUUUUCUGCGUCUUCUCACACGGGCCUCAGCCGUACUUAAUGACUUGCCUAGAAAUCCCUGUCGACCACAGUUCACAGAUGGUAUCUAUAGUCAUGCCCUGGCCCUCAAGGGGGUUUAAAUUUUUAAAAUAUGAAAUUCCUCCCCCUCCCCAGGAUUCCACAUAAAAAUCCAGAUUUCUACUUUCCCUAGAGAAAUGGAAAGAUCUCGCAACAUUCCCACAGAGCAGCAUUUAGCUGGGCUGGGCUGCCUUGCCUGGGGUGGGGUGCUUGCUUUCUUAAUUACCACAGGCCCCACCUCUCCCUUUUAUCCCUGCCCUAUUUCACUCAUUUGGGUCUCCCAUCUGGCCCUAAUUUAGGCACCUGAAUUUGCCCUAGACUAGGAGCUGGCAACCUUUUUCUGUAAAGGACCAGGUGGUCUCUGUCACAGGACCCUAGUCUGCAGUUGGAGGGCAAAAGCAGCCAACGUGUAAACCAACGGGCGUGGCUAUGUUUCAAUAAAACUUUAUUUACAAAAAUAGGCAGCGGCCAGAUUUGGCCCAGACUGUAGUUUGUGGACCUCUGUCCUAGACCAUCAUUUGUCCAUGAGGCCUUGGACCGAAUGCUCUGUUGACCCCCCAGGGCAUGGCAUGGGCCUUGGGGAACCUAGGUGGGGUGGGGUAGACUAAAGAAGUCUCUUUCUCAGGCCUGGUGGGGGCCAAAGCACUGGGCAAGGGAGGGGGCUGAGGCAGGAGAUACUGGGGAGGACAGGAGCCACCUGAGGUUAUUGUCUCACCCUAGGUAAUGCUGAUUCCUGGGCUUAGGAGCCACCAGCUCGCAAUCUCUGAGGCAUCAGAAUCACCUGGGGCGCUUGUUUAAAAACUCCUGGGCCCCGAGCCUAGACCUUCCAGGAGGUUCAGUGAAUCUGUGCUGGGGGUUAAUCAAGUCUGUUCUCGCAGGAGGCCAGGAUGGCCUUGGUUCCAGAUCUCCACAUCUUGGCAGAAGUGGAGGCUGCGAGGGGCAGAGGGGAGCUCAAUGACUAUUUAAAUGAGCCAGAGCCGUCCUUCUGCAGAGAGUCUGUAGAGAGGUCUGACUUGCCCAAGGUCACAAGGAGCCAAUGUCACUUUUCAUCUUGGGUUUCUGGCAAGUAGUGGCAAGGGGAGGGGUUGCAGGUGAGGAGAUGCUGAGCAGGGGUCAGAUGGACGGUCCAGGGAAUACUUGUGGCUCUUUGAGAGAGGUUCUUCUCCGACUCGUGUGUCCAGCUCUGCAAAGAUGCAGGCCAAGCCAAAGGCUGAGACUGAAGUCCUCUGUGUGGAGGGGAGGAGGGAGGAGGGAGGCGGCCAGCCUCCUGGGCUGGGCCCUGUGUUCUCCUGAUAGGCCUCAGUCCCACUGUGGUGCCCGAGUUCCUGGGGGCAGGAAGCAAGACGCUGGAGGAUGCAGCCAUGCCUAUCUCAGCAGCCCAGAGAGGCGGGUGACUUGGGAGGGCAGGCUUGGGGGCCGUGUGGAACGCUGCCAAUUCCACAUUUAUCCACAUACCAGACGUCGUUUCUCGUUUCAAGCAUAGGCUUUGAGGACCUGUUGAGUGUGCAGAGGGGGCACAUGGCUGGGGGUUGGUUGUGACGAGGGCCCUCCUGAGUCCUGGGGACAAAUGCCAGUUCCCAGGUACAGAGCAGCUGAGUCCAGCACCCUCACCCACCAGCACCACCACGACACAGGCUGGGGGGGAUCCUGUGGCCAGGGCCCCAGCUGGGAAAGGAGAGAGUUCCAGAAUGUUCCAAGAGCCUGGCCACAGGCUCCAGCCACUGGGCGCUGGAGAUGCCCAGCUCCAUGUGCCCUUCGAGAGCCGGGGAGGGGGCAGGAUCCGGGGAGCAGUCUGGGCCUGGGGACCUGGGCCCUGUCAGUUCUGUCACGAGGGCCAUGUGCCCCGCCGGGAGGUAUCAGAGCAGCAGACACAGCCGGUGUUUCUGCCGCUGUGCUUUCUUCAGGGCGCUGAGGGCAACCUUGGCAGCCUCUCGGAAGACGUCCUCCACGUUCUCCCGAAACUUGGCAGAACAUUCCAGGUAGAGGGCGGCUCGGAUCUGCUCGCAGGUGCUCUGGCCCUGGUGGGGGGAGGGGCCAGGGUUAGACGAGGGGCCUGGAGCAUGGGGCGCCUCCUGUGAGACGCUCACGGAUUUGGGGUCUUACUAGGGGUGGAGACCUUGGUUUGGGGACCCCUCUCCACCUCGGGGCCAGCCCUCACAGUGUGCGGAUGGACCAUAAGGGCCAGUUUGGUGUGGCCUUCAGGCUGUCACUGCUGGGAGCUCCAGCCUGGCUUCCACUGCACGCUCCCCCCAACCUCAGGCAGAGACGGGCACUGACUUCUGCGGAGAACUGGGGUGCUCUGUUGUGUCUGCCAGGCCUGUGAGAAGAGUUGAAGGCCUCAAGACAAAAGGGCUUCCUACAUGCCUCUCUCCCUGCUCUUCUCGAAAGCACAAUUUGGGCAACUGAGCUGGCUAUUAAAGUAAAAAGAAAAAUAUUUCUAACACAAAUUUAUUAAUG